AAUCCGUGAGAAUCAACAUAAUAAUCAACAGCAUUUGCAAAUUGCUGCGUUAUCCUGCAUUUAAGGCUAUACGAGUAUACUUAUGUAGGCAAUUUAUUUUUAGUUUCAAACGAUCGUACAUUAUCAGUUAUCACUGUAAUUUUAAACAAAAAACUCCGAUUAUACUGUACGAAACGUUAUUGGUACUUUCGUGUGUGCUUCGAACUUCGAAAUACAGUGACGUUCACAGUUUUUACGUCAAUGUUGACCGCUUACGCAAGGGUUGUUCCACAAUUCCAUCAAAAGAAUCGUAUACUUACCAUCCUAUAGCUAUUCAUUAACGGGAUGCCACUUUGGAAUUUCCAGAUAUCGAGUCACGAAUAUGGCAUCUUUCUGUAACUUAUACACCACUAUCACAGCUUUUUAAUUCCCAUACUUUCAGUAACAACGGAUGUAGCGUAAUGCCUACUACAACUGAAAAGGAUCAGAUCGGAUACAAGAUUUGUUUUGUUGGAAGUCAGCUGCAAAAUUUUGAGGAAUGUUUGGCGGAAUUCGAAAAUUUGGAAGAAUCAUCAAACAUCGACAUCGGUUCGGUGUAUUAUAUGGACAUCAGUUACAACUGCCUUAGAAAUUUGCGCGGUCUUCGCAUUUUUUCGCAUCUGGAAGUUUUGAUACUGGACAAUAAUGAGUUGGACGAUCACCUGCAUUUGCCCCUUCUGACAAACUUGAAAGUCUUAUCUUUGAAUAAAAACAACAUCUGUGAUCUGGACAACUUCCUGUCCAGGACGCAGAUAGCAUGUCCGUUUGUGAACCAUCUUAGCCUGAUCUGCAAUCCGGCGUGUCCAACGCAGUUAUCCAAGAAAAAUUAUUCUGAAGAUGAUUAUCAUUUGUACAGACUUAAAGUACUGCGCGCCUUCCCGAUUCUUAGAUUUCUGGAUUCGGAAAAAAUAACCGCGGACGAGCGAAAUGAGCUAAACCAAGCUGAAAUGCAUCCACGAUUAGCAAAAAGAGCCAGCGGAACAAUUUUCCGGGUUGAAACGUACUGCAGUCCAGGAGAAGUAUUGCUAGAUCGAAGUUGUCAAAAAACAGCAAAAUACGGAAAACUUGUGCGGCAGUAUGUCGGAGCGCAAAGCGAAGGAAACCGAUUUAUUUUAAGCGAAGAUUUGUAAAUAUUCGCUGUAUGUAGGCGCCCAUAUUCAGUUCCAUGGUGUUCAUAUAUAAAAUUUGGAAUUUUUAUGCUACUUUGUACAAAAAUGAUUAAGUGUAUACACAGCACAACGAUUAUUAAAUAUUAUAUUUAAAACGUCGGGCU